AUGAACCAUUCGUCCUUUGACAGUAUCUACUUAACUAGUGCCGACAUUCUAUCCUCCCCAUUGUUCUCUCGAAAUGCGUGGCAGCUCCAUCUUGACUAUCUACGUCAAUACGGCGAUCAACCGACCAAUGACGCUCGUGAUCGAGAAACAUUCAAGGUCCUAGGUAGAACACAGGUUUUCCAAAACCUCAUCCAAAUAUGCCGCAAGAUUCAUGUAGUUUAUGGCACUACUCUACCAGAUAUCCUCGAAGACUUAUCCCGACCUCUCAACCAGAUAAAUGACCCCACUAUUUCCCCUCAGGUGACCUUUGACCGUUUGAAAUUAGUUUUAAGUGAGCUCCGUCAAUUUGAGAAACAAGCAAAUACCCUCCUAGGAGAGCUCAGCGAUGUCUGUUACUCCAACAACGUUCCUAACGAGUCUUUGAAUAUCUUCUUGUCAUCCAUUGAGAGGCCUAUCAUGUCAGCAAUAAUUAAGUAUUGGAGCAAUAGUUGUAAGGAAAAAAUAGCUGUCCUUGAAGAAUCCUUGGAUCCACGAAACUCCCACAAGUUCGAAACCAUUUCUCCUGUUACCCCUCCAAAGCUCUCAAAUCUCGUUCCGACUUUCUCUUCUUCCCCAAUUCUUCCGUUAGGUCUUCUUCCUCCCAUGAAUUCUCCGCCGAAGCGAUUAGGUAUCGAUCUGGCAAAGGCCAAAGUUCCCCGUUUCACUGGUCGAAAAGAUGAAUUCCCCAUGUUUUUCGCCUUGCUGAAUGAGGUCCUCGACUAUAACAGAGAUUACCCCGAGACUACUCGCAUAGGAUUCCUCGUUUCCAAUCUUGGCGGUGAACCCUUGACUAGCAUUCAGUCAAUUCCAAUCCGAGCAGGUAGUUUAGCCAUCAUGUUGAAGUCCCUCCAGGAUAGAUACGGUGACUCUGAAGAUCAAGUCGACCGGUUGAUAAAGAUUCUCAAGGAUAAAAGGCUUUCUGUUCCUCGUACCCAUCAAGAAUUGACAUCGUGGUAUUAUCAGCUGCGUGAUAUGAGUGUCUGCCUCCUUUCCUCCACUUCCGAAGCCCAAGAACGCCUGUUUCUCUCUUGUCUGUUCGAUUCCCUUCCUUUCAAUAUUCAUGAAUCCAUAGUUGCUUCCUUCGAUCGUUCAGGUCAAAAGGCUACCGGUCAAGAAUGUCAUCAAUGA